UAAUAACAACGUUUAGAUAACCUGGUAAAUUUGGUACGGUCGUGUCAUCAGUCACAAUGAAUACUUUUUUUACUCCGACAAUAGCACAAACAGCUACAGUAAUGCCUAUAAAUGAAGGAAAAAGCGAUGAAGGUAUCAAACCGAAUUCCAAGAAAAAAGACAACAUGUCAGAAUUCAUAGAGUAUAGUGUACGUCAUCCCACUUUGGAUCUCACCAAGAUCACUCUACCAAAGUAUAAGGAUCAGAAGGAAAGGCUCAACGAAACAACAAUUUCCCUGAGGAACAUGAUCAGCCAGUGCGAAGAUGACGAACUAAAAGCAGCUAUGAAAAACUUAAACACCCAAGAGAUCCAAAAAUUCUUAUAUGCGAGAAAGUUUAUGGUUGAAGACAGUUAUACCCUAUUGAAGAAUUACUUGUCGUACAAAAAGCGGCAUCCGGAGAUAUGUGAGAAUCUGACGAUAUCAGCUGUUGAUAUACAGAAGUCCUUAGAAAACGGAUUACCUGGUGUUCUGCGUCAAAAAGAUAGGAAAGGGAGGUGUAUAUUACUCUUUACAGGGAACAACUGGGAUUGUAGUUAUAGUCUACAAACAAUAUUCAGAGCGUUCCUUUUAGUAUUGGAACAUCUCAUAGAACACGUUCACAACCAGUCCAAUGGUUUCGUUGUAAUAGUAGACUGGACUGAAUUUACCUUCAGACAGUCGACUUAUUUAAAACCUUCAGUACUAAAACUUAUGAUAGAAGGUCUACAAGACUGCUUUCCUGCUAGAUUCAAAGGAAUCCAUUUCAUAGCCCAACCAUGGUACGUAGAAACAGCGUUAGCUCUCAUAAAACCUUUCUUAAACGAAAAGGUCAAGGAAAGAAUCUUCGUGCAUGGAAAUAACCUUAGCACUCUACAUGAACAUGUCCAUAAAGACGUUCUGCCUGCAGAGUUAGGUGGUGAAGAACCCAGUUACGACCAUAGGACGUUUUUGGACAUGCUUCAAGAGAGAUUGAAACAAAAUCAUGACACGAGCUGAUCGGGCAGCAAAGAUUUGAUUCAGGAAAACGUUUACCAAAGAAAUUUUCGAUGAAUGUUAUUGAAUCGAUGGUAUUUUUAAGAUAUUACAAAUAUUCAGACAAUAAAUAAUAUGUUGAUACUGUUUAAUGUAUUGUUACAGCGAAAUUUUUGUUGCUUAGAGCAGAGUCUUUAAUGUGAUAAUAAUUGUUUGUUAGUGAAUGUCGAACAAGGGAUAUAGUCCAGUCGGGUUAGACGAAUAACAGGCCUAACCUUGCAUUAGAAGCUGCCCCAAAUUUUAUUUUUCUAAUCUUUAGGGAGAGUCAAUAUUAGUCCAAAUUUAUAAUCUCGACUGAAUUCCACCGUUGCGUUAGCCGCCAUCUUGAUUUUAAACGAGAACCGUUUUUGCUCAAUAUCUUCGCCAUUUUCAAUUUUUUGACAAAAAGUGUAGAGACUAAAAUUGUUGGAAAUGCGAUUUUCUAUAAUUUAAUUUAUUAUAAUUUUUUUCGUGCGGUCGAUAUUUUCCGAGUUAUGAGGGGAAAAUAGUGACAGUUGGAGCAUAAUUAUUGUAUUAUUGAAUUAUCUCGUUUAUUGUUAGUUUUACAACAAAUAUGUACCUAUACAAAAAUGAAGAGAAUUAAAUUCUACACAAUUUUGAUUUCUUUCAUUUUUUUGCUAAAAUUAAUAUUUAAGGUAGUACGUAUGCGUUAAUGGCGCGAGCGUAAGACCGGAUUGAUUUUAUAGCAAAUGUUUUUGUUCAAUAUCUACGCCAUUUUCAACUAAAAUUGUUCAAAAUAUAAUUUCCUACAAUUUCUUUUUAACAAUUUUUUUCAUGCGGUUAAUAUUUUCCGAGUUACAUGGGAAAAUAGUAAAAAGUGGUGGGGGGAGCAUAAUUAUUGAAUUGAAUUUUGUUUGCGAGAUGCCCCAAAUUUUAUAAUUCUAUCCUUUAGGAGAGAUCAAUAGUAGUGUAAAUUUAAAAUCUCGACUGAAUUCCGAGGUUGCAUUAGCCGCCAUAUUGAUUUUAAAUGAGAACUGUUAUUGCUUAAUAUCUCCGCCAUUUUCAACUUUUCGACAUAAAUGGUGGGAAAGAAAAUUGUUGGAAAUGCAAUUUCCUACAAUUUCUUUGGCACAAUUUUUUUGUACGAUCAAUAUUCUCCGAAUUAAGGGGGACAAUAAUGGAAGCGGAGGAGAAGCAUAAUUAUUGAAUUGUCUCAUUUAUUAUUAACUUUACGACAUAAUUGUACAUAAACAAAAAUAAAGAGAAUUAUGACCAAACUUCCAAUGAAACAUCAACCAAACUAAGUAUAUAAAAGACAUAAAAAGACAUUAUAUGCAUUACGUUCACUUAAUUUUAUUAACUAGCGGGUUUUAUUGGUCGAAUUUGUCUGUCGUUAUUUUAAGUUUUAUGUCAGCUAAAAUAUCGUGAUGUUUCAACAUUUUUUUUUUAAAUUUUGGACCCUGUUGGGGGGGGGGGAUUUUCCCAUUUCCCCCCUUGUAGACCCGCCACUGGUUCUCUCGAAAAAUUGUAGUAAAUCGUAAUUGCAACAAUUUCAGUUCUUACACUUUUUGUCGAAAAGUUGAAAAUGGCGGAGAUAUUGAACAAAAACAAUUGCUACAAAAUCAGUCAGGUCUUACGCUCGCACAUUUACCACAUACGUACAACCUUAAAUAUUGAUUUUAUCAAAAAAAAUAAACGGCAUCAAAAUUGUACAAAAUUUAGUUCUCUUCAUUUUUGUAUAGGUAUAUAUUUGUUGUAAAACUAAUAAUAAACGAGAUAAUUUAAUAAUUCAAUAAUUAUGCUACAACUGUUACUAUUUUCCCCUCAUAACUCGGAAAAUAUCGACCGCACGAAAAAAAUUAUAAUAAAUUAAAUUAUAGAAAAUCGCAUUUUCAACAAUUUCAGUUUAUAUAUUUUUUGUCGAAAAGUUGAAAAUGGCGGAGAUAUUGAGCAAAAACGGUUCUCGUUUAAAAUCAAGAUGGCGGCUAACGCAACGGUGGAAUUCAGUCGAGAUUUUAAAUUUAUACUAAUAUUGACCCUCCCUAAAGAUUAGAAAAAUAAAAUUUGGGGCAGCUCCAAAUGCAAGGUCAAAUGCUAUCCCGACUGGGCUAAUAGUAUGUAAGGAACUGUUCAAGUUAGCUAAAUAUUAUUCAGAAAAGGGGUGAUCUAUUAACAAAAAUUAUGGAUAUUUUAAGACAAGGACUUAAAUAAACUCAUAGUGGUCUCAUUGACUUCUUUAGUUUUAAUUUUAUUAAUAUCAUGUUUUUUUAAUAUAUCACCCCUAACAGUUUUCAAGCACUUGUGUUUUAUUGUUUAAAUUAUAUUUAUUUUUAGGCUAGUAACUUCAAUAAACCACGUAUUUUUUAAUUGUUUAGUUAUUUAUGUAUUUAGAACGACAAGUAAUUAAAUUAUUCUGCGAGAGAAAUAAUGUUACUUUUUUAUAGUAAUACACACAGUAUUUUUUCUACGAUCACUAAAUGAAGUAGAAGCCUUUGUAAAUUAAAUGUUGUAAAAUAAGGAGUAAAGCCCCAAUUGAUUGUAAUUAAAAAUACAUUUUUGACUAAUUAAAGGUUUGACGUUUCGAUUUCCACUUCGGAAAUCGUUUUCAAAAAGAUUAUUCAGUAUGUCCCUGUAAGUUGUAUCCAUAUGGAAAAAUUUUUAUUAUUAAUUUUACGAAAAAAAGUUAUUCUUUAUAAAAAAGCUCUGCAUGGUCCAAAACCUAAGAUUUAAACAUCAAAUAUCGAAUUUUUUUGAAUAUUAUACGACGUAUGUCAAAAAGUUUGAAUUUCACUCACGAGUAAAGUAGCUUUAUUUUUCACAAUAUUGAAAAUUGCUAUUAUGAAAAGUUGUUUGGAGUUAAAAACUAUAUUCUAGUAUGCAAUUACAUCCUUCUAAUUGAAACAAAUUUUUUUUUGAAAAAUUAUGGAUAACUAACAUUAUUUUCAGUUAUUUCAAUUCAGAUAACUCUUUUAUUAUUAAUUUUACGAAAAAAAGUGAUUCUUAAUAAAAUGUUCUGCAUGGUCUAAAACCUAAAAUACAACCAUCUUAUAUCAAAUUUUAUCAAUUUUAUACGAGGUAUGUCAAAAAAUAUGAAUUUCGCUCAAGAGUAAAAUACGUUUUUCUACGACCGUUUAAUAACAUGCUCAUUAUUCGCUAUUUUUUCAUAGGUAAUAGCACCCAUUACUGUACCCGUGAUUCAUUACUCACGGGCUGAAGUUACUCACGGGUCAUUACUCACGGGCUGAAGUUAGAUUCAAGUAGCGCAUGCCACAUUGCGCAAACUGCAAAUAAAAUUACUUAAACUUGUUUAUUUAAUACAAUAAUUAUUGUAAUUUAUACCAAUAAUUAACUUCGAAAAAUUUUUAAAUGAAUUUUAACUGUAACAAUGUCAGUAUAUUUUUUACGUUUAUAUCUUGUUUACUAAAAAUUUUGACGUUUAUCAUUUAAUUUAGUGACAGUGACAUUAGCGCAUUUUGUUUAUGUUAAUUGGAAUUUAUAACUAAUAUUGUGCUUGUUUUUCAAGUUAUAUUGUGUUAAAUAUGUUAUAACUUAUUAUGUAUAGUUAUAUUAUUAUAUUAUAAUAUAUACCUAGUUAAAUGUAAAUAUACAUUAUAACUAUAUAAGUAUAUAUGAAAUACGUCCACCGACAACAGCCAUUUAUUAGAUUCACUGACAGUAGGUACAAAUUUAAGCUUAUAAUUUUUCGAAAACGAAUAGAACUUAUAUUGACUAUUUCUAGUUGUAUUUUUACAAUAAAUAAGAAUUUAGUAAUAGUAGGCAACCAAUUUUUCAGCCACGUACUAGGGGUAAAUAGCAUUUAGGUAUUUUUGUAAAUUAUUAUAAUUUAAAUCUAGAGUAGUUGAUAAUUAAAUUUUUUACUAAUUAAAAUAAAAAAAAAGGUCGUAGAAAAAGUAUAGUAUUCUACUCGCAUGUAAUGGCUAUUACUCACUCUGAUGAAUUACGACACUCGCCUACGGCUCGUGUCGCAAACUUCAUCAUCGUGAGUAAUAGCCAUCAUUACAUGCUCGUUGAAUAAUAUACUAUUAUUUUUUACAAUAUCGAAAAUUGUUAUUAUGAAAAGUUAUUUAGAAUUAAAAACUAUGUUUCAGUAUGUAAUUACAUCCUUCUAAUUGAGAUAUUCUGAACUAUAAAGGUACUUUACUUGUGAUCCAAAUUUAUCUUUUUUGACAUACAUCGUAUAAAAUUGAUCAAAUUUGAUAUAACAUGGUUGUAUUUUAGGUUUUAGAACAUCCAGAGCUUUUUAUUAAGAAUCACUUUUUUUCGUAAAAUUAAAAGAGUUAAAGGUGUAAAAAGUGCUAAAGUGUAAGAAUAAAAGAGUUAUCAGAAUUGAAAUAACUGAAAAUAAUGUUAGUUAUCCAUAAUUUUUCAAAAAAAUUUUUUUUUUCGAUUAGAAGGAUGUAAUUGCCAAUUAGAAUAUAGUUUUUAAUUCCAAACAACUUUUCAUAAUAACAAUUUUCAAUAUUGUGAAAAAUAAAGCUACUUUACUCUUGAGUGAAAUUCAAACUUUUUGACAUACCUCGUAUAACAUUCAUAAAAUUUGAUAUCUGAUGGUUGAAUAUUGGGUUUUGGACAAUGCAGAACUUUUUAUACAGAAUAACUUUUUUUCGUAAAAUUAAUAAUAAAAAGUUUUCCAUAUGGAUACAACUUACAGAGACAUACCUACUGUAUAAGAAUUUUAUUGAAAAGAGUGUAUAACCGCCAGGUUGUCGUUGAGGUUAUGUCUUCUCAAAAAAAUUGAAACAGCCGUGUUUUAUAGGGGAUGGGACAUGGGUAUCUGGGCGUCGCCGUUUCGGCGGAGCCAUUUAGGCGUCGCCGUUUGGGCAUCGAGGCAAGUGGACGUCGGCUGUUUCGACGUCGGUCAUUUCGGCGUCGGAAUUAAUUGGUAACAUAAUAGGUUAUUUCUGUCAGUUCAAUAAUUAAAAAGUUGACUCUAGACUUUACGUUGCUAAGGUUACUGAUGGUGCCAAGAUCACUUUAAACCAUGCGUGCUUUAGAUAUAUAAAUUUAAAAUAAAACUUUAAAUAUAAAUUAAAAUAAAGUAUAAAAUAAUAAAUAAAUCAAAUAACUGUUCAUAAAGAUUCAUAAAGAGAAACGUCUUCAUCGUAUUUAGUAGUUAGUCUUUCGACUUACUCUUUUAUAAUUUAAUUUGGAAAUGAUAAAAGUUUCUCGGGUUGCAAUACUUCAAAUAUGUAUUGUAUUACUCAAGUCACAGAGACUUUGAAAGCUGUUCCGUCUACUUAUAGUUUAGUUAAUUUUAGUUUUUUCGAUUUAAUAUUACGAUGUAAAUUCAUAUCGGACCAUUCUUAAAGUUUGGGUAAAUUAUUUUCCAGAAAUAUCUUAAAAGGUUAAAAUACAUUCAUUCUUACCUAUAUUUCUGGGUAACAUUUGUCAUUUGUAUCAUAAUCCUCUUUAGAAAGUAGGUAUUUGGAAAGUUAGGCGAGUCAAUCGGUUAUUGUCCCGGUGAUGAACGGUUUUGUAAUUAAGUUUUUUCCAAAGUGAAAUUGUGUAUGACAGAUAUAGACAUUUUUGUUUUCCCCACCACUAGGGCUUUCUGGUCGAUAGUCGUUUUGUAAUUUUAAUGGUAAUUUUAGUAGUAUUUAGUAGCGAGCGAAAAUUAGAUCUGUAACCACAUAUAUCAGUCAAUAAAGAGUUGUCAAACAGCAAUAAUAUGUAUUGACCCUGAAGUACGAUUCCAGGUCUGAAAUCGUCUCAUCUUCUGAUAACUAGUCUAGAGUAAAGUGUAGAAUCAACUUUUUAAUUAUUUAUUGAACUGACAGAAGUAACCUAUAACGUCACCAAUUAAUUCCGACAUCGAAAUGGCCGACGCCCAAAUGGCCCCACCGAAAGGGCGAGCGACGUCCAGAUGUCCUAGAUCCGUUUCAUAGACACGCAGCAUAGGCUAGGCAUAGGGUGUCAUAGACAACAGCCAUGCUUUGGCUGUAAAGAUGAGGGGGUGAAUUUCUUUGCCCUAUGGAACUUCAAAAUCUGAUUAUUGCGUGUGUUUCUAUAUUAUUUGUACGCACUGAAAAGUUAGUGUGUGGGUGAGUGUUCGUGUAUUGUGUUUGUGUGUUAUAUAUGGGUUUUUUAAUCCGCUAUUGUUGGUAUAUUCUUGUUGUUGACUUCCUCUUAUGAUAUUGGCAACCAAAGCCUAACAUUUUAUAUAAUAUAAUAUUUUAUAAUGGUACUAGUCACUUUAUAGUCACCAUGUGGCUGGUCUGUUGUGUUUUACGUAUCACAGUCGGUGGUUAUAUUGAAUGUAGGUAUAGGUACAAAUAAACAAGGAAUUUUAUAUGAAACUUUCUAAAGUAAGUUUUAUGGAUCUUGUGCCUCUGGAAUCCAAUUCCUAUGCCAACAUUUUAGAUCAUCAGUUUAACGCGUUGGUGGACGACCUCUGCUUCGGUAGACAUCCUCUCUUGGUCUCCAUUCCACUAUCCGCUUUGUCCAUCUGUUAUCUGUCAUUCGAGCUACGUGACCUGUCCAGUUCCAUUUCAGUGUUGCUAUUCUAACUACGUCAUCAGCCACUCCUGAUCAUGUCUCGCAGUGAAAUUACCAACGUAACACGCUCCAUCUUUCUUUGAUCCACACGGAUCUUGUACAUUGUUCUCCUUGUCAUAGUCAACGUUGAUGAUUGAGACAUAUUGUAUGUCGGACAAUUUGAAAAUGAGGUUCAACUUGCCGAAGGCUUUCUAAGUCAGUCUUAUACGACUGAGAAGCUGAACGGUUUUAUUCAGUUUAAUUAACGUAUAAAAGUCAACAUUGAAAACUGAAAAAAUCUUCUUUAUUAAGUGAUGCAGAAAAAAUAUUAUUCCAUUGAUCAAAUCCAUUAUUUAUUAUUAUGUUUUUGACACGUUUUUGUUUCUGUUUUAUAAAUUUCACAACUACGAUGUUUUCUAAUUUUAAAUGCAUUGUAUAUAUUAUUGACUUUGUAAAAAAUUGUCAUUUCUUGUAUUAUGAAGCUAACAGUGCGUGACGAGUAAAUGUUUUAUAAAUAAAUUGUCAUGUAUACCUAAGUUUAAAGUGGUUUCAAAACCCAGUUCAUGAUUGAAAUGAAUAAAAGAUGAAGGUUUUUCGACUACAUAGUGGUCACUUGGGAUUCAACAUUUUUUCGGUU